GAACAAUACCGUGUCCUUGAAUUUAGCCGGAAGUAUUAAAACAUAAUGUUUACUCAGAACUAACUGAUAAAUGAGCUACUACGAAAUGAACCAGGAAGGAAAUUUAAAGAACCGACGAAAUCGUUGUUCGGUGGUAAAGCUGGGAAAGGAUCAAUGGGGACGCCAAACGAAGACUACCUAUUGGUUGCUGCCAUCGAUUUUGGAACUGCAUAUUCUGGAUAUGCAUUCUCUACAAGGACUGACCACGGCAAAGACCCGCUAAAGGUAUGUGCGAACACAUGGGGUGCCGGAAACCUUAUGUCAUUAAAGACAUCAACUUGUGUUCUAUUCGACAGAAACAAGAAAUUUCAUUCAUUCGGAUUCGAAGCUGAAGAUAACUACUCUGACUUUGCACUAGACGAAAAACACCAGGACUUCUACUUCUUUAGAAGAUUCAAAAUGAAACUUUUUGAUAAGAUGCAUCUGAGGAGAAAAUUUAUGUUGGAGGAUGAGAUGGGAAAGAAGAUGUCUGCAAUGGAUGUAUUCUCGGCUUGCAUUAAAUACCUUAAGGAUCAUCAUGUAAAGAAAUGCGUGCAGCAGCUACCAGACAUAACGGAUGAUGAUAUCCGAUGGGUGCUUACUGUUCCCGCUAUUUGGAAUGAUGCCUCUAAACAGUUUAUGAGGGAAGCCGCAGAUAAGGCGGGAAUUAUGGAUCAGCAUUUGAUGAUUGCGCUUGAACCAGAGGCAGCCAGCCUUUGUUGUCGGUAUUUGCCUAUGACAACACUUGGAGGAUGUGGGAGUGGCUUUGUGCCUUUUGCUCCGGGUUCCAAGUAUCUCGUAUUUGAUGCUGGAGGUGGCACUGUCGAUAUCACUGUUCAUGAAGUACAGCCGAGUGGUUCUUUGAAAGAACUAUACAAGGCUAACGGUGGAAACUGGGGAGGCACCUACAUAGACAUAGCGUUCAGAAAUCUCCUUGCUGAUAUAGUAGGAAACGAUGUAAUGGACGACUUCCAAGCAACUCAAAUGAUGGAUUACAUCGACCUUUUCAGAGAAUUUGAGGUAAAGAAGAGAAAUUUUAAAAAUGAAAUGACAGAGAAGAUAAAUUUUAAAGUACCGAUUGCUCUAAAUGAAGGAUUUAAAAAGCAAAAAGGCAAAGAUAUCAAGGAACACAUCAAAACAAAACCAAAGUAUGAUAAAAGUAUCAUCUGGAUUGGAGACAAACUACGGAUGGAAGCACACAUUGCAAAGGGUCUGUUUGAAGAAGCUUGUGGAAGCGUUGCAAAGCACUUGAAGACCUUAUUUGCCGAAGGCCAGGUGCACGAUGUCCCUACUAUUCUUAUGGUUGGUGGAUUUUCCGAGUCCCCCAUGCUCCAAGAUGUUAUACGGAAGACAAUGCCGGACAAAAGGAUCAUUAUACCAGCAGACCCAGGCCUUGCGGUGCUUAAAGGGGCUGUUAUUUUUGGUCAUAAUCCGUCUGUCAUACAGGAACGGCGCUGCAGAUACACAUACGGAGUCAAAACAUCUGUACCUUUCGAAGCGGGAGUCCAUCCAGAGGCCAAGAAGUUUGUUGAUGAUGAUGGAGAAGUUCUCUGUGCUGACAUAUUCGAUAAGCAUGUAAAGAUUGGGCAGCCGGUUGAAUAUGGAAUGAGCCAGGUCACACAGUCAUACUUGCCUACUUCGAAAAGCUCAAAGGCAAUGGUAUUUUCAUUUUAUGCUUCUGACCAGGCGGAUCCGACAUUUGUCACGGAUCCAAGUUCUACACUUGUUGGGAAUCUGACUGUAGAAAUUGGUGGGUCAGGCACGGAUAGAUCAGUGAGUGUACAAAUGACAUUUAGUGGAACUGAGCUUAAAGUAGAGGCAGUGGAACAACAGACUGGAAAGAAGACAAAAGCGAAGUUUGACUUCCUUGGCUAACUGCUAGGGGAAACAAAAGCUAACCUUUGAUUUUAUUUCAAUACUGUCUAAACAUAUCAGUUUUAUAUUAAGUUUCAAGAGUCAAGUUAUUUGAUAUCAGUCUCAUAUACAAACAUAUUAUUUAAAAAAUUAAUCAUUAAACUAUUAACCGUAUGGCAAAUCUGCAUUUUGCAAUAUUAUAUCAUUAUCGUGUAUAUAGUUGAACAAUGUGUUCUGUGUUGAGAUAUGUUGUAUUUCUUAAAGGGAAUUCCUAUAGUUUUUUAUGCGCAUCUUUCUGCGCAACCAACACUUUCUAUGGAAAACUGAACUGAAGUAAACAUUUGUUGAAACAUGUUACAGACAAUCUUAAAUAUGAGUAAUUUUGAAUGAAAUAACAUUUUUGAUAAAUUAUAUCAGUAAUCAAAUGUUGAUACUGGUUUAUGUUGUAUUGACAAGUAUCAUGCCUGACAGAUAUCUUGCUAUUUUUGUGGUUGUGUUUUUCACAUCGCAUUUUAGUACCAAGACAGUGUUGUUCAUAUAAUGUAAGAUAAUUGACUUAGUACUGAUAAGACAAUAUCACCUUUCAGAUUAUUUAGUAUUCAAUUAUAGAAAGAAUUAAGAAUUUUUAAAACUGGUAUCCCCCGCCGAAAGGGUUUGUGGUGAGGAAUGGCAAAAAGAUAUACCGGCAAAAAGUUAAGUGUUGUAUUCUAGCGGUCUUAACAUAAAAUUUAGCCUGAUGACCCAUACAUUUUUAGCCAUUUUUUAUGCUCACAAUACAAUUAUCUAUACACAAGAAGAAAAAGAAAAAAUUCUAGAAAGAGUUUUUUCAAAAUUUUAAAAAAAUAUUCUUCACUAUGGGUAUGUUUCAUUGAAAAAAGUUCACAAAAGUAAAUAUGAAACAAUAUUUUUUUUCAUUUGUACCCAUUAUUGUAAGGACAGAGUAUACAAAUAUGACUAUGAUAUCAAAUAAGUAUAUAAUAAAAUCUGUAAAAAGAAAAAACCGUAUUGUGCUGCCUGGAUGUAUAUUUUAGUUGGUAUUUAUAAAAAGGCAGAAAAUUAUGAAAAUGUUGAAAAAUCGCCGGCAGUUCCAGCAACAGUGGGUGUGUUCAAAACAUUUUUUCACAAAAACAAGCCUGGUGACCUAUUGUUUUUAUUUGUUCAUUGUUUUCAGCACAAAUGUUCCUAUCAUAUAUGUGAAUUUAAAAAAAUUCUAUGAAAGGAAAAAAACUAUAGGAAUUCUCUUUAAAUAACAUCAAAAAUAGCUGCUUCGUCUAUGUUCUUGAAUUUCGUAUAACAAAUAAAGAAUUAUAUCAUUCAGAGCAAAAUAUGAAUUAUUUGAUAGUGAUGAUCGGUAGAUUUUCACUUCCAUUUCUGAUGUAUACAUUAUUAUUCCGGUAUUAUCAAGAAAUUACUUCAGUACUUCUUUUCCUACUGGACAUGUGCGUAUCAAGACAAACUGGAAUGUGGACACCUAGGGCACAUAGGACGAUCGAUAUUUCAAGGGAAUCAUCUCAACAUGACAAUUAUAAUGAUAUUAGAUGCCUACAAAUAAUGAUGAUAAGACCUGACUUAUUUCUCCACAACUAUGCUGUGGAGGAUAUGCAUUUGAUUUUGUCUGUUGGUCCGUCCGAGUGUCCGUCAAAGAAAAUUUGUAUCACACAUAUCGCCAAAAGUGAUUUACCUACCGUCAUUACACUUACUGAAAUGUUCUUAAACAUUAGAAGAUGUGCCUCUGAGAUAAAGAGAGCAAUAUUAGCUGGUGUGAUCGCCCUGUGUCUUUCGUCCGUCGUCGUCGUACGAGGUAAUAAAUUCACAAUUCUGUCCAAGUCGAAUCGCGACUUUGUCAGAAUAUUGGUCUUCACAAAAUGUCAGACAAUUUUAAAUCUUGGUCAAAAGUAGAUCACAAGGUCUCUAGAAUCUAGAUGGUCAACAAAGUUUUUUUCUAUGAUUUGAUCAUGAUGUACCUUGUGUCUGAUCUCAGGAAUCGGCAAUACUAGUAUUUGUAUUCAAGUUUAUUAUGACUUCAUAAACUAAAUUUCAUAUACAUCAAAUAGAAAAUAUUGCCUCUAUAGUGCUAAGAAGGUUUUUAUGACUCAGAUAACCGAGGUUUAGACUUGACCCUGAUUUUACAAAGACAAACCUUCUGACCUAUUUUCAUGAAGAUCAGAUAUGAUUACUUCCUGGUUCAAUAUUGCAUAUUUUAUUUGUUUUUGGCUACGGGGUCAAAGCUGCUGCUCCCAUUAUAGAUAGAAAAACAUAAUUUGGUGCAACGGUAAAUAGGGGAAAUCAUAACCUUGUCAAGAAAAUUAAAUUUUCUCUUUAGAAAUGUUUUACUCUCAAAUAAACGAUUGUUAAGCAUCUCAAAAGUGAUAUUUUAUGUUAUUUUCACACAACUUUAGACCAUCUAAACUUAAAUCUAUUUUAUCAGAACACAAUUUUGUUAUUUAGAAUGCCUUGCAAACUUACCUUUCAUGAAAAUAUUAUUGUCAAGCCCAAAAUACCUUACUGAAACAGUUAAAAGGUUAUACAUGUAUAUAAUAAUUAUAAACAAUCAAAGGGAGAUAAUUCACUUCCAAUAUGUGUUACUUUAUUCUGACAAACUGGCAACAAAACAAAGUUAUAAGAUAUGUACAGCACACAAUGGACUACUAUCUGACCCAUAAAAUGCCUAAAUAAUGAAACCCGAAACUGAAUGCUUAAAAUAUAUAACUAAAACUUUGUACCGUGACUUCCAACUGGACCACAGAAACAACACCUUUUACUGGCAUACAGACACUAAAUAGGAAAGGGGUGCGAAAAAAUUGUUUUGUUUUUUUUUCAUUUUGCUCUUGUCAGCUAUUUUUCUUAUUUUCUUUGCAUUUUUUGCUGAAAUCACAUGACAGAUCAGAUCUAUGCUUGACAAGUAGGUAGCAUUUUCAUAACGAAAAAAAAAAAUAAUAAAAGAAAAACAUAAAAAAAAUUUGCAGUUUGUGUGUUUGGCUGAAAAUAUUUCUAUUGUAUCAAAAUUAUCCCCAUAUUUCUUCGGAUUUCAAUUCACCACAGACAAUAUUCCGCAAGAAAAUGCAAGUUACAGACAUUUCAAAUGAGUCCCGAGUGCUGUGGCCAUUGGAAAUAUGUCAAUUUUAUAUAGAAUAAAGAAGAACAACUAUUUAAAAUGUUUUGUAACCUAUAAGAUAGCAUUGGUAAAAAUUGAAAUGUGACCAGAGUAAGGUGGAAAUGGGCUACUUUGACUAGAAUUUGAUAGGAAAUGAUAUGUUUAUUGCAAUUUUGUUGUAAAUGAGGAUGAAACCCAGAAUAUCACAUUUUUACUGUUUUGACUGUGUUUUUGUUUUCAAACACUGGAUAUGUAUAGUCUAAAGAUCGCUAAUUUCUGGUAAUUUCUGGUAAUCAGAGGUAAAAAUGGACAUAUUUAACAGUUUAAAUGUGAAAUUUGCAUGCAGAACAGAGUAAAAAAAUGACAAAGCAGGACAAAAAAAAUCUACAGUUAGGGUAACUGCUUGAAAAUUAUGUCGCAACAGCUAUUUUUAGCAAAAUCUGAUGAGUUGUCUUAUGUUACUGGAUAAAAAACUUUAAAAAAGUAUGAAAUGUUCAAUGUUAUUCCUGCAUCCAAUAAGGUUUUGAGCAACUGAGUCAGUUAAAAAAACAACAGAAGAUUCUCUUGAUUACUGAUAUUAAACUUUUUCCUAUACACAUGUAGUUUGAUUUUUAAGUAAAAUUUGUACAAUAAAAUUACGAAUAGUUUUACUAGCCCACAGUCUGUGAUUGCGUAUAGAACACAGGCUGACAAUUAAACUGAAACUGAAUAAUUCGAUUAAACGCCUGUUUUUAUACACAAGUUAAAGCAUACCAAAAGUUCCUUCUAGGGCACAUCUAUAUAAAUAUAUAAUGAUCAUCUUGUAAAAUUUUGGUUGCAAUGUCUGUUUUAUACGGAUAGCUCAGUGGUUUGCACACUGGCCUUCCAAUCCUGAGGUCGGGGGUUCGAUCCCCGGCAGCUACUUGGGAAUUUUCAGAAACGCUUUUAAGUGUUUCACACCCAACUAGAGGUGUACUGGUCAGGAACCCAGGCAAUCCUUGCGUGUAUCAGUGCUAUACACUGGGCACGUUAAAGAACCAUGCUGUCUAUUCGCAACGAGCUAGGCUAAGUUAGCCGGACAAGUCUGUAUCUGAUUUCUGAUCUCUCUGUCAUGGGGGCUUUGUCUCACUCUGUCCCUCUAGUCAGAUCGCUCUGUGUCUGUACUAGUAGAGGAUGAAUUAUGCGCCCUGUGUGGCUGCAUUUGAACUAUGUAAAGCGCCUUUGAACGUGAAAUUGAUCAUGAAAAGGGCGCUAUAUAAAUCUGGUAUAAUAAUAAUAAUAAUAAUAAUAAUAAAUAAUAAUAUACUGCCAAAAAUGUCAAGUAGGUAUUUACGCUAGUUAUUAUUUAACAUAAAUUGUUAAAUCCAACAACAAAUUAAAUCUGUUACCACUUUCAGUUGAGUAAAUACGGCAAUAAGACAUUGACCUGGUCAAUCCGUUAUGAUUCGAUGCGUGAAUUUGUUACACAUAAUUAGAGGGUCGCAAUGGGGUUUGUUUUCACAUAUUAACCAUGCAUUUGAAGAUAACGAUAAUAUUUAGUUGUUUACAUGUAAAUUUGUUUGUACAUAUGUUAUGUUCUUCAAGAAUGGAGGAAAUAAAAAAUAUCAGUCAACCAUC